AUGAAUCGAGUAGGCACAAGCGCACAAUUCUUCAAUUGCAUGCCCAUGGGAUUGACGGGAAAGAGUCAGAAUGAAUUCUACAUUGACUUGCAUGAACAUCGUUUCUACUUUCCUGGCGAUGUAAUAAAAGGCGACGUUGUCUUGGAUUUGGCUAAACCCACCAAGACAAACCAUAUUAGAAUAACCUUUUCGGGCGAUAUUCAAACCAGUGUUGCUACGAUCCAGUUGUUUACCAAAACCAUGCACUUGGCAACUUCGCCCGACGGAGACGGCAAAUCUCAUUAUCUUGAGGCGCAAAACCAUCGAUUCCCCUUUGAAUUCAAAAUCCCCAGCGACGAAUGUGAACUUCCCAGCAGUAUGCAGUUGGACAAAAUCGUCAAAGUCAAGUAUCAGCUGGUGGCGCUUCAUGACAGACCCUUGAUUUUGGAUCAAUUUGCACCAAAAACGGAAAAGAGCAUAUCUAUUUUGGAGCGCCUCGAUGCCAGCUUGCCCGAGUACAAUAUCAAAGGCGAAAUGAUUGAAGCCAUUCGAUUAGACGGUUUAGACGAUCCCCGCAAAGCUCAGGUCUCCAUGAUCCUACCUAAAUUCGCCAUCGUUAGAGGUGAUAUUUUACCAAUUAUAAUUCACUUGAAACAUUUCCACGAUUUUACGCGUAAGAGAGCUGUGAAACUGCAAUUGAUCAGACAUGUGUAUGCUGGGAAAAGCAAAGGAGAAUGCACACAGAAAGCCGCCAUCAUGUCGCAUUACUUGGAUAUUGACAUCCCUGGCCCUUUACAGUUCUCGCAGCAGAUCCAAACAAAAAUGCUCAUACCAACAUCGACACCACCUACCGUGGCUGAAAGCGGACGUAUCUUUUCUAUUGAAUAUUCCAUUCGAGCUAUUAUCAACCUGAAUGAGAAAACCGAUGAUCCCGAGCUACCUGAGCAAUCAAAAAACAUCAUUUACAUGAAUGCACCCAUUGUUAUUGGCACAUUCCCUAAACCUGAUGUUAUGAUCGAUGAUGACGAUGAGGAAGAAAUUGUUCAGGCACCAGCGGAAGCAGAAGUUUUGGAGGAACAAUUGCCGGAGGAAAUGACUGACACUGUAUCCACGAGUUACCAUGAAGCAGAGGAUGAGUUGACUCAAACAUUGAACAAUCUUGCCAUUAACGAGACUGAGCAACCCAGCGACCAUGCCUCACUUUAUCCUUCAUUAACCGAUGCGGAUGCUCCCCUUUGCCCGGUUGUAGACAGCUUGAGUCAUGCCGCACCGUUACCUGCCACAGAACCGACAGCAUCCAACACACCUGGAUAUGUCAAAGAGUCGAUGCCAAUACCUGCGCCUGUACCUUCGCACUCAAAUCGAGUCAACCAAAACAUGAAUGAGCAGUCGUUGAUGAGAGAGAAUAGUGUUUCCAGCAAUUACAGUGCUGAUACUGGCCCCUCUCAACGUUACAAGCCGUAUAACGCGCAGCAAGAAGUCAACCCGACUUCGUCAUCACCGUACAUCAACCAUGCAAGAUACGAUUCGCUUUCCAGACAUUCAACUGUUUCAUCGACCGCAAGCUUUGGAAGUUCCACUCCCCCUUCGUCCUUUCAAUCUCCUUCGAUAUUGACGGCUCCAACUAAACCAAUGGUUAUGCCCGAUGCUCGUCAUUAUGUUCCUCCACAAGAGCGACCCUUUGGACCGAGUGAAACAUCAAGCCCGGCAUUGCAUCCUACAUAUUAUCCUCAAACCGAAAACUUACAUUUUCAUCAAAAUCGCUCAUCUCCGUCGACGUCAUAUCAUGAUGUUUAUCAACCUCCACCUCAAUAUCCUGUAAAGUACUCGACAGCCAAUAAUAUUUCAAUGCCGCUGCCAUCCAUGCCUGUUCCGUCUAUUCCUAUGCAAUCCAUGCCAAUCCCGUCGAUGCCUACACCUUCCAUUUCCACACCUUUGAUGCCUUCUGUAUCGCCAAAUUUUCAUCCACCGCCAGCGUUCCCCAUCCCAUACAGUCAAAAUAAUAAUUACCCUGUCAACUCGGAUAUACUCUAUCCCUCCGCUUCCUCUUAUACUCCGGCGAUGCCGAUAACCACACGAUCCGGUUUUGCAUAUCAACCCGCAAACGAUCCAGUGAUUCCACCUUAUUACUCCUGA